AUGGCAAACGAGGCUGAAGAAACGAUUCGCAAGCUUAGCACGCAUAAAGGCGUAGCCGGCGUAAUAGUUGUCAACGGUGAAGGCAUCCCAAUAAAGACGACCCUAGACAGCCACGUAUCAGUACAAUACGCCGGUCUCAUGGGUUCCCUCGUCGACAAAGCCAAAGCGGUUGUACGUGACCUCGAUCCCACUAACGAACUGACCUUCCUGAGGAUCCGGAGCAAGAAAAGUGAGAUCAUGGUCGCGCCGGAUAAGGACUUUAUUUUGAUCGUUGUGCAGAAUCCUGUUGACUGAGGCCCCAUUUGGAUUGUUCAAGAACUGAUGACGUUAGUGUUACGUACCAAUGUACAGUCACGUCUGAAAAUAUCGAUAGAAAACGUAGCAAACAUAUCUAUAGACCGUGUUAUUCGUGACAACGCGCCUUGACUCGUAAUAUCAAGUUAUUAAAGGAUAAAUGAAGCAAUCUGUGCGUCAUCACGUGUGACACGACCUUGUUCACCAAGUAAUAAGAUGUAGUAUACAUAUUUAUGGCACUUCUACAGAUAUUUUCAGACUUACUCUGUUAGUAAAGUAUAAUAAUUAAAGUUCUUGAACCUUCUAAAUGGGGCUUGAUUAACGCUUUGAUGUUUCAGCCAAUGAUAAAUAUUAUUUAGAUUGUAACAGAAAGUGUUUAUUUAGAAUAGUAUUUUAGUUUUAAUUAUUUAUGUUUUCUGUAAUCAUGAUUGUCAUAUAUUCUUGAUUAUAAUAGUGUUGAUACCUUUCGCGGUGAGGCGAGUAUCAUAUAAAUCUCUGCUAACUGCGGUAGAUGAUGUUGAUGAUGUUGAGUGUUAAGUGUAUAAAGUUUUUUUGGACGAAAUUAAUACAGUAGUUGUAACUUGUUUAGAAUUCAGAAUUAUUAUUAUUACGGCACUCAUUUUACAGUUACA